CAGCCUGCGGAAUCUGGUGAGGUCAAAUGUUAGCACCUCAAAUGAUGUCUUGUGACCCCCACCUGGCAGCAUUCUGGUUUUCUGGAUGGCAGCAGAGGACAGGGAGAUGAUGGAAGGCCGGGGUGCGGGAGAAAGUUGCCUGACCUUCCCCAAGAUGGUGCCUGGUGACUCCAAGUCUGAAGGGAAGCCAAGGGCUUGUUGGGAGGCAGAGUCCCAGAAGCCAGACUCCUCCUAUGACUACUUGGAAGAGAUGGAAGCUUGUGAGGAUGGAGGCUGCCAAGGGCCGCUUAAAACCCUGUCCCCCAAGUCCUGCCCUGCCACCAAAGGCCAGGCGGGUGAUGGACCCAAAUCCGCAGAGCUGCCCCCCACCCCUGGCACUGAGCGCAAUCCCGAGAUGGAGCUGGAGAAGGUGCGCAUGGAGUUCGAGCUCACGCGGCUCAAGUACCUGCACGAGGAGAAUGAGCGGCAGCGGCAGCACGAGGUGGUGAUGGAGCAGCUGCAGCGGGAGCGGCAGCACAAGGUGGUGAUGGAGCAGCUGCAGCAAGAGGCGGCGCCCUGCCUGUUUGAAAAUCUUUCUCCUUGCUGGAUGAUAUGGAAAUAUUUGUUUUCAGGAGGCCUCCAGAACUUCCUGCUGCCCCAGAACCAGUUUGCCAUGUGCCUGUACUGCUUCAUCUUCAUUCACAUCAUCUAUGUCACCAAGGAGAUGGUAUUCUUUCUCUUUGCCAAGCACUACCUGUUCUGCAUCGCGGCCAUUUUGCUCUGUUUGAUUAAAAGUUUCUGGUCAUACUUCCAGUGCCUUUGCUCUGUCCAUCACUGGGAACCCCUCGCCCCUGCCAUGCCGGGAGUGUUAUCCACUGUCAGCUGCUCUGAGCCCAGCAGCCCAGCCACGAUGGCUGGCAGUGCCACAGGACACUUUAGUGAUAAUGUGGCAAACUGA